UUGACUCAUACCAGAACUCGAAGUCUUUCUUUUUUAAUUUUUCUGUUCUUUUCCUUCACAUUCUGUAAUUGCCAGCAUCUCCAGUGCUUCGAUCCAAGCAGUCACGUUUCUAUUUUCUUGUUCGUUCGUUAGGGUUUGGAUCUGAUUUUUCUUUCCUUCACAUUUUAUAAUUGCCAGAGUCUACACGGCUUUGAUCCGACUAUCCGAGCACUCGCAUUUUUCUUGCUCGUUCGGUCUGUUUGUUAGGGCUUGCAUCAAUGGCUAAUCCAGAAGAAUCAAACCCUCUUCUGACCAAGCAAGGCGAUGGAGAGAGGAAUGCUAAGCACGGCGAGAAAAAGGCGGCGCCUACGAAACCAGUGUCGGUGGAAUCUGGACAGAACGUCGGCCGGGGUGCAGGAUGGACUGCCGAUGGUUUGCCGUUAGGAUACGGGAGUGUAGUUGGUGAGCCGGUGUCUCGUGCUCAGUGGGAUUCCUCUCUGUUCGCUUGUCUUGGUCGCAACGAUGAGUUUUGCAGCAGCGAUCUCGAAGUUUGUCUUCUUGGAAGCUUUGCCCCUUGUAUUCUAUAUGGGAGUAAUGUGGAGAGACUAGGAUCUGGUUCAGGGACUUUUGCAAAUCACUGCCUAGCUUACACUGGCCUUUAUAUGCUUGGGAACUCUGUUUUUGGUUCGAAUUUCCUGGCUCCAUGGUUUUCUUAUCCCAGCCGCACAGCAAUUCGCAGGAAAUUCAACCUUGAGGGCAGCUGCGAGGCGCUCUCUAGAUCAUGUGGGUGCUGCAGAGGUGUAAUAGAGGAUGACAUGCAACGCGAGAAUUGUGAGUCAGCAUGUGACUUUGCAACUCACUUCUUCUGCCACACAUGUUCCCUUUGCCAGGAAGGGCGAGAGCUUCGCCGUAGGCUGCCUCAUCCUGGGUUCAAUAGUCGACCUGUCUUGGUUAUGAUCCCCCCAAUGGAGCAGACGAUGGGCCGUUAGGGCACCCGAGAUGAUCCCGUUUCUCUCAUAGGCUACGCCUAUAUAUGUACUUGAUGUUAUUAUGUAUGUGACAUAGACAAACUAUUACUUGUAUUCGUAUUGUCUGAUGCGAGCAAGACAACCAUGUGGUUUUUGGCUCAGCAAAAUAAAGAUUGUUAACAGGAAAGAGAGGAAAUAGUUUGAUGUUUA